AUGGAAUGUGGUUGUAGACAAACUCGGUCAUCGGGAUCAGAUCCUAGGCACAGAGUGGUCCCUUCAUCAAGUGGUAGCAGACAAACUUUUCCAGGUUUGGGGGAGAUCCAUGCUGGACCUUUUUGCUACCUGGUUGAACAAGAAACUGGAGAUAUUCUGUUCAGUGGUUCCAGAUCCUUUAGCGUUAGUGGAGGACGCAUUCCAACAUCCCUGGGACAACCUGGAGGUGUAUACCUUCCCUCCUUUUUGUUUGAUCCGUCAAGUUCUGAACAGGCUGGUGAAUUCACAGGGUCUCAGGAUGACUUUGGUAGCCCCUCCGUGGCCUCAGGUGGAAUGGUUUCCAGAUCUACUGUCAUUGUUGUCGGAGAUUCCGAGGGAAAUUCCCCCUUGGCGGCCUCUCCUGUGUCAGUCACAUGCAGAAAGGUUCCACCAGUCAGUAGAAUCCCUGUCUCUUCAUGGUUGGAGACUAUCAAGUAUCUCCUCCGAGUGAGAGGCUUUUCUCAGAGAACAGCAGGGCAUAUGUCCAGCAGUCUCAGGAAGUUGACCUCUGUGGUUUACCAAGGCCAAUAUGCAACUGAGACUGCCUUUGCUUUUGGCAAACAUUUUGAGGAAGAAAUAUCAUUUCAUAACCAUGUGUACUGCAUAAGCCUUGUGGAACAGUCUGGGAAGGAGAAAGUUAUUGCCGAUGCCUACCUCAACAAUAUCUUAACCUUUGAUUCUGAAAACCUUACUUUUGUAACUUUUGAUUUCCAUGAAUACUGCCGAGGAAUGCGUUAUGAACAUGUGUCUUUCCUAAUUGAAGGUUUAGAAGAUAUUAUAUCCAAGAUGCUGUACUGCUGGGUUGACAAAGAAGGGACGAUAUGUCGUCAGAAUGGUAUUUUUCGUGUCAAUUGCAUUGACUGCCUUGAUCGCACUAAUGUUGUACAGACAGCCAUUGCAAAGUCAGUCCUUGAAAAUCAAUUUGUGAAGCUUGGUAUGAUACCUCCGGAACAUCCUCUCCCUCCAGCAUGUCGCUCAAUCCUGCAGAUCAUGUGGGCCAAUAACGGUGACACGAUUAGCAAGCAGUAUGCAGGGACCUCUGCUCUGAAGGUUGGUUCUGAAUGCUUUGUGUUUUUUGUAUAUAAUUUUUGUAUUCCAAACAUUGUGAGCUUGGAUACAAGAGACUUAAUUUUCCUUUUAUUCUGUUCUUGUAAUGUGCAAGAAUUUUAAUGUUCAAGAAGGGUC